AACUAUAUAGGUUGGCCCAGCGACGAGUUUCUUCCUCCCAACACCACACACGCACGCACCUGAGAUUACAGUCGAGAUGGCCCCAAACGUUUCUGAGCGCACAUACAUUAUGGUCAAGCCUGACGGUGUUGACCGUGGUCUCAUCGGAGAGAUUCUCUCCCGCUUCGAGAAGCGUGGCUUCAAGCUUAUCGCUUCCAAGCUCGCUUUGCCCUCCAAGGAGCAUCUGGAGAAGCACUACGCCGAUCUCAAGGAAAGAUCAUUCUUCCCUGACCUGAUCAGGUACAUGCAUAGCGGCCCCGUCUUUUGCAUGGUUUUCGAGGGCCUCGACGCUGUCAAAACCGGCCGUGCCAUGCUGGGUGCUACCAAUCCCCUUGCAUCCGCUCCUGGUACCAUCCGCGGUGACUUCGCUCUCGCAACCGGUCGCAACAUCUGCCACGGCUCCGACAGCGUCGAGAAUGCGGAAAAGGAGAUCGCUCUUUGGUUCCCCGAGGGUACCCUGCAAUACAAGCUCUCUCAGGCAGCCAUGAUUUAUGAAUAAUGUAGACAAAGUAGACCUCAAAACACGCGUGUACUGUAGCCGAUACCAUACGCAGGCCUAGGGAACACUUAGAAUGUGUUUGCUUCUUUAGACCAUGAGUGCACUCCCGCGAUCAGGGUUAUCGAGACCAUC